AUGCCCAGCCAACAGAAGAAGGUCAUCUUUUGCACUGCUGGUAUCCUGAGCUUUGCGUGCUCUUUUGGAGUCAUAACGGCCUUAGGAACCCAGCUGUGGGUCAAAGCCAAGAUCCUCUGCAAAACCGGAGCCCUGCUUGUCAAUGCUUCUGGACAAGAACUUGAGAAGUUUACUGGGGAGGUCCAGUAUGGGCUUUUCCAUGGGGAAGGGGUGAGACAAUGUGGCUUGGGAGCGAGGCCUUUCCGGUUCUCAUUUUUUCCAGAUUUGGUCAAAGCCAUCCCAGUGAGCAUCCAUGUAAAUAUCAUCCUUUUCUCAACAAUUCUUAUUGUGUUGACAAUGGUGGGGACAGCCUUUUUCAUGUACAACGCUUUUGGCAAACCCUACGAAACUCUUCUUGGCCCGCUCGGAUUGUAUCUCUGGAGCUUCGUAUCAUGCUCCUGUGGUUGUCUUGUUAUGAUACUGUUUGCCUCUGAAGUGAAGAUGCACCAUCUCUCGGAGAAAAUUGCAAAUUAUAAGGAAGGGACGUUCAUAUACAAAACUCACAGUGAAAAAUACGCCACCUCCUUCUGGAUCAUUUUCAUGUGCUUCUCUGUGCACAUUCUCAAUGGGCUUUUAAUCCGGCUUGCUGGGUUUCAGUUCCCUUUUGCAAAAUCUAAAGACUUUGAGACUACUAGUGCAGCAGCAGAUCUAAUGUACUAA